GUUCCUGCUAAUCCAAACAUCGACAGAAACAGCAUCAGGAAAGACACUUCAUCCAUAAGCUAUUCUUAAUACUGCACCGAUUUAAACGACAGCAUGGCUGCUCAGAAAAUAAACGAAGCUCACGAGCACAUAGCUAAAGCUGAAAAAUGCUUGAAGACAAGUCUGACAAAGUGGAAGCCAGAUUUUGACAGCGCUGCAUCAGAAUACGCCAAAGCAGCUGUGUGCUUCAAGAACGCAAAGCAGUAUGAUCAAGCAAAGGAUGCCUACCUGAAGGAAGCUGAAUAUCACACAGAAAACAAGACGCUUUUCCAUGCUGCGAAGGCUAUUGAACAGGCAGGUAUGAUGAUGAAGGAGCAAAAGAAGAUGCCAGAAGCCAUCCAGUACAUAGAGAAAGCCUGCAUGAUGUACAUGGAGAAUGGGACUCCAGACACUGCAGCAAUGGCUCUGGACAGGGCUGGAAAACUGAUAGAGCCAAUAAACCUGGAGAAAGCUGUGGACUUGUAUCAGAAGGCAGCCGGUGUCUUUGAGAACGAAGACCGUCUGCGUCAGGCAGUUGAGCUGCUGGGCAAAGCCUCUAGACUUCUGGUCAGAUUAAAAAGGCUGGAUGAAGCAGCAGUCGCUCUGCAGAAAGAGAAGAACAUGUACAAAGAGAUCGAGAACUUUCCUAUGUGCUUCAAGAAAACAACCGCUCAAGUGUUGAUUCAUCUCCACAGAGGGGACUUCGUAGCAGCUGACAAAUGUGUCAGAGAAGGUUACAGUCUACCCGGCUACAGUGGAAGCGAAGAUUGCGUUGCCAUGGAGACACUACUGCAGGGCUAUGACGAGCAGGACGAGGACCAGGUGUAUCGCGUGUGCAACUCACCUUUACUGAAAUACAUGGACAAUGAUUACGCCAAACUGGCCAUCUCCCUGAGGGUACCUGGAGGAGGAGGAAAGAAGAAGAAGGCCGCAGCUGCUCCACAGGGUGGCGCUAGCGGGGCACCGGCUGCUGCCGAGGAAGAGGAUGAUUAUGAAGGAGGGCUGUGUUAGCCUUCAGUCUCCAGAGUGCCGACUCUACCCAUCUGCCGCUCCACUACUAAAACCUUCUGUGUGCAAGUUAAAAACCUCGACAAACCCUUCCAGAUCUGAAGCACAGAUGGGUGGCUGUUGUGCAAAAAAAAUAUGUGCAACAUAUUAGGAUAAGGAGAAAAAAAGCAAAUCAAAACCCCAACAGUUACAGUAAUUGUUGCAGAAGAGUCAACCCAAAUUUAAAGAGCCUUUUAAAUUUUUGUUUCUUUGAGGUGGAUCCUCAGUGUAAUGAAAAAUAACUCUUCAAUGUUCAAUAAUGUAUGAAAGCCUCCUGUCGUUUGUAAAUCUUCUAUUAUUUUUCUCGUCUCUGUGAAUCUGUAAAUUUUGCUGUUAUUGUUUGUGGGUAGAGUCUAAAGAAUGCUUAUAUAGGUAUAUUAAAAUCAGAUAUACUCUUAAAUGCUGUAUGUUUAAUGAGUUGAUCAGUGUAUAGGUGUUCAUUUGUACAGUCAGAGUUAAUUUAUUCAGUAUUCAUGGCUGCAACCUGUUGAAAAUGUUACUGGAACAAUAUGCAAUCAGAUUGUCAGUGCAUGUGUUUGAUAUGAUGAGAUGUUGAAUCCAAAUCUAAAAGCUUUGACUUGAGAAUAUUAAUGCUUAGAAAUGAUUGACACUAUUGUUUUCAGCAUCCCGCACUUAUUCAAGAAAAUUUACAUAACAGUACAACUCCUAAUGAUACAGCUUGUAGCCGGUUGUAGACUGUUUUUUUUUUAUUUGUCUACCUCGAGGUGUGUGUGUUACCUUUGCACCUUUAAAAACAGAAUAGUCAUGGCUGUUUCUUAAUUUCUAACACAGCACAAUCCUUUUAAUUAAACGCUACUAAGAUGAAAAAAAGGGACCAUGCAGUGAUUUUUUUUUCUCAGUGUGUCCCCCCCCCCCCUUUGAAAUGCUGAGAUCUGAGAUUUGUGUGUUUGUGACAUAUCUUAAUGGUCAUUCUGUAAAUGUGAGAACCCCACUAUUACAACAUGCCAAUUAAAAGUACUCUGAUACCACAGUUAGAACAUAUCUAAGGGUUAUAAAAAGGGAUUGUUUACAUUUUUUUUUAUUAUUCGUGCUGUUGCCCACUUCUUGUAUAUUCCUCAAAAGCAUCUCCAGACUUCACACAUCAAUAAACAUUUCUGUUGU